AGCACAUACAAACCGACUCCUUGUUCCCUCUUACAUUGCAUACGGUUGAUUUUCAAUAUUUUGGACAGACGGCUGAGUUUGUGUGCAGAGACCUAUUAGGCCGCCGACACGAGGAAUUAAUAUUAAAAACUUGGGAGGAUGGUGAAUGUUGUUUGUCGAAUGUGCAGGAAAAGGAAGGUGAAAACCUUAAAUUUUUCUGGAAUCAAGUAGGGAUGGUGUUGGAUGAAUGA